AUGGAGGUCCCGUCGUCGGGUGUCGAUGUAGCUUGCCGGAGUUUCUAUUUUCCUUGGCCUGCAACCGCCCGGGCAGCGCCAGGGACAAAUAUACGUAACCCUAAAGUUGGACAUCGAGAUAGCAGUGCAGGCGACCAGGCGCAUCCAGAUCAACCGCCCUUCUCUCCACAAGCUCCCUUGGUGGUGAUCCUCCUCCCUCGACCUCCUCGCUCUCUCUAUUUCUCCAUCUUAUUCACGGCAGAGACCAGUAUGCGACGGGGCUCAGCCAUGGGACUGCGGUCUCCUUUCGAACUUCUCUUCCUCCUCUUCACCCUCCUUGUGCCUCUUACCUCCGCCGUACGAUUCGAUCUCAUCCCAAAUACACACUCAGGAAAGCACGAAAGAUGCAUAAGGAAUUUCGUUGCGCGUGACCAGCUUGUUGUCGUCACUGCCACCGUGAGCGGCUCGAAGGGAGAUGGACAGGUUGUCAACAUGCACAUCAAGAGUUCUCUAGGCGACGAUUACGCCAAACCAAAAGAUAUCGCCGGCGAGAUCAGACAGAUGUUUACUGCCAGCGCCGACUCCUCCUUUGACGUUUGCUUCUCCAACGUCCUUUCUGGGCGACAUGCGGGCCCCAACCCUUCUCGUCAGGUUGAGCUGAGCAUUGAUAUCGGUGCUGAUGCUCGUGACUGGGAUGCUAUCAAGGUCCAGGAGAAGCUCAAGCCAGUGGAGGCUGACCUCCGCCGUUUGGAGGCCAUGAUCACUGAAAUCGUUGCGGAGAUGGACUUUAUGCGCGCACGAGAGCAGAAGCUCCGAGACACCAACGAAAGUACCAAUGAGCGAGUCAAGUGGUUUGCUUUCGGCACCAUGGGUAUGCUGAUUGGCCUUGGUGUCUGGCAGGUGGUCUAUUUGAGAGCCUACUUCCGUAUUGACCCCUUCAUCUGGUUUCGCUUGCUAAAUGAUUUCUUUCUACGAUUAGAUCGAAGCACCUUAUCUAAAGCAUCCAUAAAGAGAUUUCUUUUGGCGAAUGGUGAAAGUUGCCCUUUCCUACCGAAGGCUAUGAUCCGUUUCUAUGUCUGCUCAGGUACUUUUGGGCGGCCUUUCUGCUUGCUCGGCUUCAUUUAUACUUCCUCUUUUUCGAUAUCUAUCACGUCUCAUUAUGAGGGAAUACGAAUUGUAACUAUGAUCACUAUUCAAUUAGCAUCUGCGAAAAGCUACAGGGUUUAUACAUGGAUGAACGUAAAAAUAAUUAUCUUAAUUUAUUCAGUUACUAAAGUAUCAACUGUUAGAAAGGCUCCCAAACGAGUAGUUGGAGUUGUGAAUUCUGAUGGUCCAGGUGAUGCAAACAGUGCAAACAGAGCUCGGAUGAUGUCAAAUCUUCAGGUUUCAUCAAAAGAAACCAGCAACUGUUGGCCGCUGGACCUCGACGCAGAAGCAUAUCAAUUCGGUCUCUCAUUUACUCCCAUGUCUACGGCGCAUAGUAUAUCUCGAUCGUUAAGCCGAGGACUGGCCUCGUGCAGAUGCCGCUCUCCAGUUCUCUCGUUUAGGCCAUCACCAGCAUCCGGCGCAUCCAUCUCAUAUCAACAACACAAUGCCAGCAUAUACCCUUCCUCGUCCCUGGGGUUGCGAUGUCUAAGUUAUUCUUCCCACCUGGGUAGUAAUGGAAGCGCAGGAAACAAGGGUAGCAAGGCGGAAGAGCAGCUAGCUCCGGGGCAAACAAAGGGUGAACUUGCGGUCGGAGAGAUGGAAGGCAUUACGUUCAAAGUCGAGCCAUUGAAGAGAAAGGGAGAGGAUAACAGCACAAAGAGAGCUAGGGGGACUAACGUCAAGAUAGACCAGAGCCGCAAACGGGGAACUCUAGAGUCGGACCUGCUCCUGUCAACGUUCGCAUCUACAUAUCUGGCAAAGAUGACGGGAAGCCAACUGGAUGAAUACGACCGGUUCCUGGAUGAAAACGACUGGGACAUCUACUACUGGGCGACUCAGGAACCACCGUCUGAGUCCGAGGCAGCUGAGGGUGCCUUGAAGGCCAAAGACGAGCUGACGGAUACGUGGAAGAGCGGCGCAGCGAAGAGCGGAGAGUGGGCGCAGACCGUGGGAGCUUUCAAGCCAGCAUACCGGCCUGUCCCUCAGCGCUGGGCUGACUCGGAGAUUCUCGCUCUGCUGCGACAGCACGUCCAGAGCAAGAAAGCUGGAGACGGCAGCAGCAAGGGAAGCGGCGGUGGCCUGGGCCGCAUGCCCAACAUCGAGCCCUUCAAGUCGUAG